UAUGCGUUAUACAGAAGUCUGUGCUCUGGCCCUAUGCCAACGCUCGUUCCAGUUAGUAUAUAUUUCAGUGGUAAAGUGUGAAUAAAAAGAACGGACCUCGCGAAUCACAUGUUUCGCGUCGGUGUCAGCGUCUGUGGUUGCCAUUUAGCAACGGCCGGUGUAUAAACAUAGAUGGCUAUUCACGAACAUCAAAUCUUACUCACAGCUUCAUUCUUCUGUGUCGUGUGAUCACGUGUUUGAACGUUUAUUUUUCGCAUUUCUCAUUACAUAUAAUAACAGCUUAAGCACAAUCCAAUUGAGAUGUACUCGAGACAUAUCCCAAGAUAUCCUGGAUGUGUCUAGGAUGAUUUUGGAGCAUCUUAUGUUGUCUGGGCUGUUAUACGUUUCAUGCGUGCGUUAGUCAACGUCUCACGACACUCGCUGGUUCUAACGGAAACCGGAAUCUGAAUUUUAACCAAAAAUGGCAGACGAUCCAGAUCGUGAUAUUUUGCCUGUAAAAGAAGGCUCUUGUGCGGACACACUGAUAAGUGCUAUAGAUCCCAGGGAACGUCAUCUUGUUUGCAAGCUCGAUCGUUACCAGUUGGAGGAUAAGUAUCUGCGUUUGCUCGACGAGGCGAGUAAUCUGAAAAAAUUGAGCAACUGCCAGGAGGACAAAAUUAAAAGGCUCGGUACGAAGCUAAUUAGACUGGCCGGUAAUCCAAGAUCAUAUGGUAUAUCGUUAGAUAUCGUCGGCGACGAUAAGAACAGGAUGUCCGCGCUCGAGCUUGAGAACACUAAGCUGAAGGAAAAAAUCACGGUGAUGAGAAACCAAUUGUUGAGUCACACAAUGAGCGGUAGAUCGUCAUCACGCAGUCGUAAUCUCAUCCGACCAACAUCCUCUGGGCUUGUGACGUGCCGAAGUGAGAACCGUUCGAGAGUACCAUCUUGUCAGUGCAUUGUUGAUACAGGGCACGAUGACAACGAUGUACGGAAUUAUAUCGUUAAGAUCGAGAAACUGGAGGCGCAGAAGAAAGAUAUGGCGUGUCGUAUAACAGACUUAGAGAAGGAGCUGGCUCUAUAUUCGGCCAGUAGUCAAAGAGAGAAGGUGGCGGAGAAUGUCGAGUACAUACGAGUGUGGCGACAGAUGAAGCAGCUAAAUGAAAAGCUAAUAACGGCGCAAGACAAGAACGUAACGCUCACCACCGAAAUUAAUGACUUGAAAACGACCAUCGAGCAAACAGCAAGGAAUAAUCAAGAGAUCGCGGCUGUUCUCACGUCGGAGAGGACGCGCAUAGCUGAGAUGGACGAUCAAAUGUUGAAGGCGCAGAAUUCGCAACUUGCAUUGCGUGAGAAGGAGGAGCAAAUACGGGAUCUAAUGAAUGAAAUUAAGAUAUUGCAACAACAUAAUAACGAGCUUAUCGCCCUCAGUUCAAAAUACGGUCAAGUCGAGAUGGAGAAUAUCGAACUAAAGAAGAAGCUCUCUGAACACGUUCACGAACAACAGACGUUGAGGACUGCGUUUAAUAAUGAUCAAGUCAACAUCAUGGCGUUACAAGCUACCAAUGAGCAAUUGCUCACGAAACUUCAAGACUUGCAAGCAACUAUAGACACCUUAACGGUGCAAUUAACGUCUCUUCAUAAGCAAAAUGAAAAGCGCGACGCUGCAAUGGCGACAUCAUCGGAGACGCCUAUGAGCACAGCGAGCAAGAGAGAAGAUGAUCCGUCUAAGCAAGUCUGUUCCGCUUCCAUAGAAAAAUGUAAGAAAUGUUGCGAGAUGUAUGACAAAGUCACGCAGCUAGAGAAAGCUGUGGACAAUGCUCGGAAAAGUUGGCAGUCAUUAAAUCAGUCGUCAGUUAGGUCGGUACAGACAAUAACCACGCCUAUCAGCACAAAGGAACAGAGUGUAAUGACGAUUCCGGAGAGUGAAGAGAAGAAAAAUUUGCAGCCACAGUCGCCGUUGAAGGAACGGAAGAUGAAUCACGAGAGGAACAGUUUAUCACGAGAAAAGAUAUUAAAGCUGCUGGAUCAGGCGCAGAUUAACACGCCGUUGGACGUGUCGAGAAUUGCUCCGAAGGAAGAGUAUACGGACAUUUUGGAUGUAGCGCAGACUCAGAGGCACAGGCAAGUUGUACCUCUUGAGAAACUAUUGUUCGGUGAUUCUAAUUGUAUAAUAGGUUCGUACAAUACAUACUGCGACAUAGCGUUUAGAAUUGCAUUUAACAAUUUAACAGCGUGCUUCAAUUAUUAUGUAAAAGAUGAAAUCGUUGCGUUUGAUAUCAUCAUGACUGUCUAUUACAGCGACGGAGAAAUAUCUUCUCAGAUGCUUUGCGAUGAAUCGUGUCCCGUGCAGAAAAAUUCACAGAGGGAAAAACUCGCAAUUUUGGAGAAUAUGGCAUCGAAUCAGAUCCUACUGAUGCUAUUGGAUGUUUUGCACGACUAUCUGUCGCUUAACGCUGACGAAAGAACAUCUUCGAAACAUCAAGUUCUUACGAUGGAGGAUACACUGACCGACGUCAACAACAAUCUCGCUACAAAGAAUGAUAAUCAUGAUCUCAGCACAGACAAAAAGACUUAUCCCUGUAAAUAUCAGCAAACAACAGCUUGCCACGAUGGAGACUUUGUCGCAGAUAUCAACAAAAAUAUCCACAAAAGCGCAAAGCUUAGCAGUAAUUGCAUUAACGUCAAGAACUGUCCUGCAAGUUUAGGAUCCGAUUGCUUCCUGGGUUAUGUCCCGGAAGAAUCUGUAACUGUCUCAACGAAAUACGUUGGUUCACUCACGAAAGAGACACAGGAUAAGACUACUUGUUGUCUUGCAAUUUAUGAGAAACCGAAGAAAGUAUCGUGCUACGAUAUUAAUAAUGACAGCCGUACUGAGAAUGUGAAGACUUCGUUAUUACCUAAAUGCGAUCUGAUGUGCCACUUGCGAAAACAGAACGAUUCGCCAACUAAACGGGAGAAGCGGACAAUUUGCAAGAACAAAUGUCUAGGCGACGAUAUGCAACUGUACGUUGGUUCAGCGGAAUCCUUUCCUCUAUUAAUUACCGAUAAGCAAGGUCUCAUCGAAAUUCACGUAUCGCAACUGCAGCUUUCCACGUUGGCCUCAAAAAUGUCGGGAGAAGAGGACCUGUGUAAUCUUUACGUUUACAUAAGCUGGGACAUUUGGGAUGAGAAGACGGCAUACACGAUGGCGAUGAAAUGUCCAGACCUGAACUUCAACUUUUCCUCCGUAUAUCGCAUCGCGGAUCUCUUCUCCUUCUUCAAGAACGUGCUAUUGGAGCAUUUGGUCUUUCGAGUGAACGUCGUUCGUUGUGACGACACGAAAUACACGAUUGCCAGAGCGAGAGUCUCCAUGAAAGAUAUCCUAGACUAUCCCCAGAACAAGUUGCAUUACAUCGUGCCUGUGUACAGCAUCAUUCCUUGCAGCUACAGCGUCAACUUUGGCCAACUGUCGGUGUGGGUACGAUUAAGUUGCAACGUCGAGAUGGUCCAAGUUUUUAAGGAGCAAUGCGGUAUAACUUCGUUACGGGAUACUGCGUCGCGAGAUACUGCUCACAUAAAGUUUCCAUCAAAAGUGGAUACGCUCAAGGAUCAAAAGGAUAGCGGUGUUAAAUCCGUAAUUUCCAAGAACGAUCGACACUUUCGCCUACCAUCAGACUCAAAUUUCUUGUAUGAAACAACGAACUCGGACGAGAACAAUUGCAUCACUUCCAAUAACGAAGAAUCCUCUUCGAUGCGCGUUAAUGAUACGAAUGAGAUUUUCGACGAAGAAGACGAGAUAUGCCAAACGAAGAAGAGAUCAGAUUCCGAAGUAACGAUAGAUGAUAGAAAGGAAGUAGUAAAGGAUCAUGCAUUGGCGGAAUCAUCGAACACGGAGUUUAAUGCCAUCAUCACAGACAAGCUUGAAAAGGAUACGAUAAUCAUAGAAAUAGUGAGCGUGCUGUUCUUUGACGAUCCCAUUGUACUGGAUGAUGAGAUAUGUUUGAUUUUCGUGGAAUAUUCUUUCCUCGGACAUUACGGUAAAGAUAUGGAAACCCUUUCCGUGAAAAAACCGCGAGCAGCUAAUCAAGAGAUGGUUUUCAAUUUUCGAAAAAAAUUCCGGAUAGAUGAGAGAACACACACUGUCGAGAGGAAUACCUUACGUACUAUGUUGACCGAAUAUAUAAGUCCAAACAUUAAAUUUGUUCUUGUCAGUGAACCGUUACCCGAAGAGAUCACAACGAAAGAAUGCGAGGAUAUCGGCUUUGCGACAUUUAAUGUAAGAGAGUAUGCACUUGGUGACGGCUGCAAAGACAUAUCACUCCCUAUCAAGGAUGAUCAACAUAAAAAAAUCGGUAUUCUGAAGAUUGUCGUGCUAGGUUUCGACGCUAUUAAACAGUGUUUAAUGGACAUUAAGACGAAUAAUUUAAAGUAAAUCACAACAAAGUGGUGUAUGUGUGAGAACAUCCCUGUGUUCCGCAAUAAACGGAAGAGUCAAACUUUAAAUCUCUCGGAUAGGCAGAUGAAAAUUUAUUUAGAAUCGUCUACACAGUGUACGCAUCUCUUUCGGUUAAAUAAAUUACAUCUUACAUAAAAUAGACAAACAGAUGGAGAGAGAGAAAAAGAGCUCGCGCUUUUUCUAAAGUUUACACAUACAUAUAUAUAAAUUAUUA